CUCCUGUUUGUUUGUUCAGGAUUAUCUGUGUGUGUGUGUGUUCAGUCUGUAAUGAUCGGCAUGCUGACCAGGCUUGUGUGUCCAUUAUAAAUGUGGCUGUCAGUGUGAUCAGCUGUUACAAACCUGCCGUCGUGCUGCUGAUCACCACACGUCGCUGCGCUCAGGUCGUGAAAUCAGUCGGGCACCAUGAGUCCUAAACACGUCGUCUUUAAGAAGGUUUCCCGCGACAAGUCGGUGGCGGUCUACAUGGCCAAGAGAGACUUUGUGGAUCACUGUGAUUUUGUGGAUCCAGUCGAUGGAGUUAUUGUGAUCGACCCGGUGCAGCUAAAAGGAAAGAAAGUGUACGUGAUGUUGUCAUGUACAUUUCGAUACGGCCGUCAGGACAUGGAUGUGAUGGGUGUGGCCUUCAGGAGGGACCUGUUCCUGGUGACCCGGCAGGUUUACCCCGAGCUGCAGGACAAAGAGAAGCUGACUCACACUAAGAUCCAGCAGAAACUGCUCCGAAAGCUGGGAGACAACGCUUUCCCCUUCUUCUUUGAGUUUCCAGACAACCUGCCGUGUUCUGUCGCUCUCCAGCCGGGACCGUCUGAUGUGGGAAAGAAAUGUGCGGUGGAGUUUGAAGUGAAAGCUUUCUGUGGAGAGAACCAGGACGAGAAGAUCGACAAACAGAGUGCAGUUCGUCUCACCAUUCGUAAGAUCCAGUUCAGUCCAGAUGACAGUAAAGUGUUUCCGGUUGCUGAGACCACCUUUGAGUUCCUGAUGUCUGAGAAACCGCUGCAUGUCAAACUGAGUCUGCCUAAAGAGACCUUCUACCACGGGGAACCUGUCAGAGUGAACGUGGAGAUCACCAACUCGUCCAGCAGGAACAUCAAAGACAUCAGUGUGUCAGUCGAACAGGUGACCAAUGUUGUUCUUUACUCCAAUGACAAAUACAUCAAAUCUGUGGCCAAAGAAGAGACCAGUGACUCGGUUCCCUCUGGUACCAGCCUGAAGAAGGAGUACACUCUGCUUCCUCUUCUGGCUCACAACAAGGACAGGAGAGGACUCGCUCUGGAUGGACGACUUAAACACGAAGACACCAACCUGGCUUCAUCCAGCAUAGUGAAGCAGGAGGUGCUGAAGGAGGUUCAGGGGAUGCUGAUCUCCUAUAAGGUCGUGCUGAAGAUGAUCGCUUCUGGGACGGUGGGAUCCAGCGAGGUGUCUCUGGAGCUUCCAUUCAGACUGAUGCAUCCUAAACCUGAACCAGCCAGCGAAACGGACGACAUGGUGUUUGAGGACUUUAAACGAGUCUACCUGAAGGGAGUGGUCUACGGGGACGACGACGAGUCUCCAACAGAGGCGUAAACUACAAAUAUGGCCGCCACAGUCCAGACCGUCCCUGCUGUCCAUCACCGCCCAGAGCUGAAGAGACACACAGUUUGACCUGAAGACACUAGAUAAUGAUUUUAGUGAUUCCAUAAUGUUUCCUGUGGCGCCCCCCUCAGGACAAACUGCGCAUGUUCAUCUCCUUUACUGUUCAGACUUCUGUCAUGUUAGAACUGUAAUGAACUCUGCAGCCUGUAGGGGGCGCUGGUAGUGCACCACUGGACUGGGAAAUAAAACAGGGCAGAGCUGCAACUCUUUUUCCAACA